AUGAUCGAGCUCCAGAGAUUUGUGACCGAGUCAAAUGAAUGGACAUCGUUCGAUGAUGGAAAUCUAGGUAUAGAUAUGAACUGGGGUGGAUUGAAGCAGUUAAGCGAUACGAGGAGCGAAAAACUUCAACCGCUACACGAGCUCUUAUUGGCAUUUAGGGGUCGAGACGCUACGGAUCCGAGAGACAACAAAUUUACGCUUUUGAGCAUAGAUUUUGAUCAAGGAGAAUCUACUGUACCCUUACGCGCAGCACAGCCAUGGUUAAAAUAUGUGGAGGAAUCAAGUAAUUCAGACGAGUUCCGCCACAAAUUCUCAAAGACUCCGCGGAAAGAUCUUUCUGAAAAAGAUUUUAGUAUGUCGUUCCGUGCGUUGAAGGCAUUUCUGCGUGCGAAAGAAGCCUAUACAAAGUAUGGUUCUACGUAUGGUAUAAAUCUUGUUGCAGAAGGAAGCGCAUUAAGGGGAGAACAGGAUGCUUCACCCUCAUUUGAAUCACUCAACAAUCGUCGGUUUCAAGGAAACGAGCUGAGGAGAAGGAUGCGUCACUCGGACCCGUUUGACUCAAUUCGACUGCCUGGUAAUGGCACUUGA